CCUGGCAUACAGAGCUGCCAGAGAUGUUUCCUCUCCAGGCUCUCCUCCUCUGCCUUGCCGCCUCCGCUACGCCGCGCCACGCGUCGGCCGCCGACGUGCCGCCCUCCAACAAGCUCAUCUUCAUCCUGGCGGGACAGUCCAACAUGGCGGGCCGGGGCGGCGUGACGGGCACGCACUGGGACGACAUCGUCCCGUCCCCAGACUGCUCGCCAUCCCCCUCCGUCCUCCGCCUGUCCCCCUCGCUCCGGUGGGAGCAAGCGCGGGAGCCGCUUCACCAGGGCAUCGACGGCAACCGCACCUGCGGUGUCGGCCCCGGGAUGGCUUUCGCCAACGCCGUGCUCCGCUCCAGUUCUAGCUCCGUCGUCAUCGGCCUCGUGCCCUGCGCUGCCGGCGGGACGCGGAUCGCGGAGUGGGCCAAGGGGUCGGAGCUGUACACGGCGAUGCUGCGGCGGGCCCGGGCGGCCGUGGAGACCGGCGGCCGGAUCGGGGCCGUGCUGUGGUACCAGGGGGAGAGCGACACGGUCAGGCUGGCGGACGCGAAUGCGUAUGGGCAACGGGUGGGCUCGCUCGUUCGCGACCUCCGCGCUGACCUCGCCAUGCCGGACCUCCUCGUCAUCCAGGUUGGACUCGCGUCAGGGCUUGGGGAGUACACCCAAGUCGUGAGGGAGGCUCAGAAAGGAUUCGCGCUUCCGAACGUGAGGUUCGUCGACGCCAUGAGGUUGCCGCUCCAGGACGACCACCUGCAUCUCACCACCCAAGCUCAGGUCCAGCUCGGGCAUAUGCUGGCUCAGUCCUAUUUGGAUCAUGGUGCUACCAAGCCCUUAGGGGUGCUAGGGCAUGCACAUUGUCGAACACUAACAACAUGGUGGCUGCAGAUCAUGCUGGCUUGUUGCUUCAUUUUCCUUUGAAGUGAGCCAUACGUACAUGAUUGAGAUGGGUUUUUUCUAACAGAUCAAACAGAGGAGGUGAAGAAGAAGAAAUCCACCAAGCUUUGUGCACAUAUUACCAUACUGACAAACCGCAACGUGAUGCCGACAGAAAAUUCGUUACCAUGUC